UCGGUUAUUGACACAUUAUCAAUAUGGCGGUAAAGUGGAAAACGAUGUGCUUUUUCAGUCUGCACUAUGAGUUCAUUCCUGUACUGUAAGAAUUUUUUUCAGAAUUAUAAUAAUGUUCCAUCCUAAAAUUAAAGGAUUAAAGGAUAUCACACAAAUUGAUUUAAAACGUUUGAGUCAGAAUUAAGUUCCUUGUUCUAAGAUCAUGGAUUAAAUUUAUUGAUAAACAUUAAAUACUUCGUAACAUUAUGUUAUAUGACAUCUGACAUUGAUUAUUCUUUUACUUGCACAUAAAUUUAAUUUCAUAAAAGAAUGCCAAGUUUACGUAAAAAAGUUGCUGGUUUCAUGCGACAACUGUCUAUUAGUAACUUGGCUGGAGCUGUAGAAAAUAUAGGUCAAGGAGAGCAAACAUUACGUAGUCCUCGAUCAAUGACACAAGAUUUUGCAAGUGGUUGCUUUAUUACACGAUAUCUCGAUGGUCUAGAAACAAAACAAGAAGGACCUGCAAUUUUGCAUGGUAGAAAUCCAGAAGAACUGCCUAUUAGACAACUAGGAAAUUUCCAGGAAGAUAGAGAUAUAUUGGCUGCCCAUACCGGUCCAGAUAAUGGACUUACAACAGUUAAUUCGCAACAAAGGCAUUUAAGUAUUAAUGACAUUGAUAUAGAUUAUAUUGAUAUGUUAGAUCAAAAUGAACAGUACAGAAAUACAUCUACCAUAACAACUCCUACAAUUGCUGGUGUUGUUGAUUGGUUUAAUCCCCAUGAAAUGGCAUAUGGAAUUGCUACUACAUUAUAUGAGAAAAAUCCUACAAAUAACAUAAACAAUGGAGAACCGAUUGCAGAUUGUUUUGGAAUUGUAGCAAGAUCAAAUUCAGCUAUUUUAGCACUUGCUGAUGGUGUUAAUUGGGGUACCAAAGCAAGUAUUGCAGCUAGGUCUGCAGUACAUGGAAGUAUGGAGUAUUUAAAUAAAGCACUUUUUACUCCUUCCAUUAACAAUGAAAUGACAACAACGAAAGAUGUUUUUAUAUCAUUACUUCGAUCAUUCCAUGCUGCACAUUCGUUAAUUUUGCAAGAACAAGGAAUGCUUACAACAUUAACUGUUUGUGCAGUUCUUCCACUGCCAAACCCAAGUUCCAAUACAGGACAACAAAAAUAUAUGGCUUGUACUUGUAAUGUUGGUGACAGUUUAGCUUAUGUAUAUUCAAGAAAAACAGGUGUCAGAGAAAUAACAAGAGGAUCCCAUGACAUUCAUUGUAUGCGUGAUAUGCGCGAUGCUCUUGGAGCCUUAGGUCCAGUAGAUGGUUCCAAUCCCGAAUUAAACAAUUUAACGCUUGCAAUGACAGAAGUUGAGAAAGGCGAUAUUGUAUUUCUAACUAGUGAUGGGAUUUCGGAUAAUUUUGACCCUGUAGUUGGAAAAUUUGCUAUUUUACCAUGUCACAAUGCUGUACUUGAUUCAAAUGUAAAAGAUCAUACCGAGGGAAGAUCAAAAACGCGUCGAAAAUCUGCUGAAAAUUUAAGACAUACGGAAUCUGGGAAUAGUAAUAAAAAUAAGUCUAAUUUGCCCGUAGUGGAAGCGUAUCAAAGGCACGAGCUUACGCUUCUUAGAAUGGAAGAUUUGUUACGAAGAGGUGUAUCUGGAGAAGGUCCACCCUGUAACAGUGCCAAACAUCUAUGCGAACUCCUCUUGGAUUUUGCAGUGCGUAUAACUGCCGCCAAAAGACGAAUUUUGGAAGAUACAGAUUUAUACUAUGCACAAAAUAAAGACGGACAAUUAAUUCAACUUUCCAAACAAGAACAAAGAAGUCGACGAAUAAAAACUUUGGACAAGGUUUCCAUGAUUCCUGGAAAAUUAGAUCAUGCAACAGUUGUAGCAUAUGUAGUCGGAUCUGUUGAUUCGGAUUAUAAUUAACUGUGGUAAUAAAGUUUAGUUUUUAUUUGUAACAA